GAUCUUAAAAGGGGAAAAUAAAAAGAUCAUAAACCUAAGUCGAUCCCUUGAAUCUUUGUGUUGUUUGUCUUACGAUUGUUGGGUUGAGAUCAGCUAUUUUUAGAUAGCUUGCGGCGUGAAAAGAAUCUGUGUGGAGGACGUUUGGCUGGAGGACCACUGACGGCGAGUUGACGGCGAGGUGGUUUGAAGUAGAGGAGGAGGGAAAUAAAGCGAUUUGCUCAGAGAUAUGGGGUCAAGCAAGAGGUAUCCAAGUAGGUUGUAUGGGGUUGGUAAUUUUCCACUGCCGAUGAGAAGCAUGCACCACGAUUGUAGUUUGUCCAAUCUUGGUGGUUUGAAAGGCUUUGUUGGUGAUGAGGUGUAUGACAAAAUAAGAAAGAAUUCGCAGCUGGGAGUUCUAUUGGAUCUAGCCGAAUCUGACUACCUGUUUUGUGGGAAGACCAUCCAUUAUCUAUUGUCCAAUCAAUUGGCAAUAAACAUUCCUUCGGAGGUAUGGUUUUUGGUUGGAGGAAAGCCGCUGAGGUUCUCUCUAUAUGAAUAUGAAGAAAUUAGUGGUUUGAAUUGUGAGAAGAUUGAUGAAACAGAGUUUGAAGUCGAUCAUACACCUUUAUGGGCGGCUUUAAAGGUGAAAGCUUUUAAUGGACCCAACUGGGAGGAGCUAGUUGAGGGUUUGAGAAGCUGCCGUGGGUGGUCUGAUGAAAUGAAGACGCAGAUAGCUCGGUUGUAUCUUGUUCAUGUUGGAGUGCUUGGUUUAUCAAGGAACAGUCGGAUUCCUCUGGAAUACGCUAAAAGGGCGUUGAAUGAAGAAGCAUUUGAGAGUUUUCAAUGGGGUAGGGUUGGAUUCAAGAGUUUAGUUGAUUCCAUCAAAGUCCUUGGGUGA